AUGUGUACAUUUUGUAAGAUAUAUGAGUCUAAUUAUAGGAUUAAUAUUUUUAAAGCAUUUAAAGAAAACAAUAAAGAUAUUAUUUUGGAUGGAACAGCACCUACUUAUAUUGAAAGAAGAUCUCUCCCAUCAAAUGCAAAUUCACCAUCAAAUCAAAAAUUCCCUUUUGCCAUUCUAAGCAAUGAAAAUCCUCUGUCCAGUCCCAAUAGUUCAAAUGAUGAACAACAUCAGCAACGCAAUAAUAAUUUGCCAGUUAUAAGACAUAAAAAAAGUCAGAAAUUUCAUAAAAGAGUUGUUGACUUGGAUGGAGAUAACCAAAAUAAGAAUAGUGAUAAUAGUGAGGAGAUUACAGCAAAAGCUAAAGUACCAUUACCAAAACAUCGAGCUGUUGAAAUUGAAAAGGCAAUAGCAGCUGAUAACUCCAAAUCACAUAAAAGAAGAUCAGUGAAUAAACGUCAAAAUACCACGCCAGAUUUUUCAUCAACAAAAAAAACACCAACAUCACCAUUAUCAUCACCACAUAGUGAUUCAGAAACCAUUUCAUCACCUACAAUCGGUGAAGCAAUAGAGUAUAGAAAGAAGAUUGAAGAGUUACGUAAAGAGGGUGGAUCUUCUUGGCUAACUAUUUUAAAUGAGAUGGAAUAUAAUAAUAAUAAUAUAAAUGGUAUUUUACAUUCAAGACAAAGAUCAGAAAAUCAACCACCAAAAUUGAAGGCUAUUGUUGAUCAAGUUAUAACUGCAAACUCCAGAAAUUAUUAA